AUGGGCAUCCUCGAUCAGAUCAAGGACACCAUGUCACAGGCGGUCUUUACUCCGUCCUCUCUCUUAUCCGGUCGAGGUGGGCUGCACAUGGCUCAGAUCUUGAUUUCUCUUGUCACUUUUAUUGUGUCUGCUCUAAAAGGAUCCAGCAGUCACACAUAUUGGAACUAUGCCAUGUUCACUUGGUCCUUCUGUCCUCUCAUCACCUUGGUCAUCACAGUUGUAGAGAUGUUUAAACUCCAUCUCCUGCUCAAGUUAUGUAUGGACUGGUCUGAUUUCACCACUGGGAUGGCCAUGACGUCCGCACUCAUGACUGUCACUGUGGCUAUCACCUAUGUCAACUUCUACUUCUGCUUUACUUGCAUUCAUGGAAUAAUUGUGAGUAUAUUUGCUAUUUUGAGUGGAUUACUUUACUCACUUGAAGUCAUAAAAGACAAGUUUAUUGACAAGAAAAAGGGCAGUUACUUGGCAGCACUCCCUGGAUUCUUCAAAGUGAUGGAGGCCUUCGUAAGCUGUAUGAUUUAUGUGUCUCUGAGCGGCUAUAGAGACAAGCCAAUGGUAAUAGUGUGUGUGAUACUAUACAUCAUUCCCUUCCCCAUCCUCCCUCUCAUCAUUGCCACCAACAUCCUGAAGAAACUUAAGAAAUGUCUGCCGUUCAGCCUGGACCGUUUUGUCUUCAUCUUCUUGGUCAUCUCAGUGUUAGUUUAUGUUUUUACAGCUAUUGUCUAUCCCAUUUUCAUGUUUAAGGGCAACCCCCGUCCCAGUGACUGUCCUCCCAGCUACUGCAUAUGGGCUAUUCAGUUCAUGGUUGCAUUUUUCACUUAUGUUAAUCUCAUUCUUUUCACAUUGGAUCUAAUUUUUACACUACUCGGUAUCUGUGGAUUUAAACGUGAGUGUGAACCUUAA